AUGUCUGGGGCACAGAUACUGCUGUUCCUCCAGAGCCUGUCUCGUAGAAAACCCCUGGAGCCGGAGGGCGAGGUGUCAAACUUUCGGCGAUGUUUGACCACACUUGACUUGGUGGCCCUCGGGGUUGGCAGCACACUGGGAGCCGGUGUGUAUGUGCUGUCAGGAGAAGUGGCCAGAGCGGUGGCUGGGCCCAGCAUCAUUAUCUCCUUCCUGGUAGCGGCAGUAGCCUCCAUCUUUGCAGGCCUAUGUUAUGCUGAAUUUGGAGCUCGUGUUCCCAAGACUGGCUCUGCCUAUCUGUACAGCUAUGUGACCGUUGGGGAGAUAUGGGCCUUUAUCACAGGCUGGAACCUGCUGCUGUCUUAUGUCAUAGGGACAUCGAGUGUUGCCAGAGCCUGGAGUGGAACCUUUGAUGAUCUCAUUGGAAAUGUCAUUGCCAACUCUCUGGGCAAACAGGCUGCAAUGGACUUACCUGGAUUAGCUCCCUACCCAGACUUCUUUGCAGCUGCUCUCAUAAUGCUGCUGGCAGGGAUUCUUGCAUUUGGUGUUAAAGAAUCAGCCAUUGUAAAUAAGGUUUUCACGACAGUAAAUAUCCUGGUGUUGCUGUUUGUUAUCGUCUCUGGCUUCAUAAAGGGGGACAUAAACAACUGGUACAUUAGUGGAGACACUAUCCUAAAUGGAUAUGAAAACCUGACAUCACUGAAUGAAACCUCCAGCUUUGGUCAUGGUGGAUUCUUCCCCUUCGGCUUCGAGGGGACUGUAGCAGGAGCAGCAACUUGUUUUUACGCUUUUGUUGGAUUCGACUGCAUCGCCACAACAGGAGAGGAGGUGCAGAACCCUCAGAAGUCCAUCCCAUUGGGAAUUGUGGCUUCCCUCCUCAUCUGCUUCCUUGCCUAUUUUGGUGUGUCUGCGGCCCUGACUCUUAUGAUGCCGUACUAUUUGCUCAGUGUCCACAGCCCACUGCCUGUGGCCUUCACGUAUAUUGGUUGGGGCCCUGCAAAAUAUGCUGUGGCUGUAGGAUCCCUCUGUGCACUAUCAACGAGCCUACUGGGAUCCAUGUUCCCGAUGCCGCGUGUUCUUUUUGCCAUGGCCAGGGACGGGCUGCUCUUCAGGCCUCUCAGUAAAAUGAGUGAGAGACAAAGUCCUGUCAUUGCUACCCUGGCAUCUGGGGUCGUAGCAGCUAUCAUGGCGUUAUUAUUCGACCUGAAGGCAUUGGUGGACAUGAUGUCAAUUGGAACCCUCUUUGCCUACACACUUGUUGCAGUGUGUAUUCUCAUAUUAAGGUACCAAGCAGAUCUCAGCGAGGAUUCAAGUUGCAGCAAGGCGGAAUCAUUCACAGUGACUGGAGUUAUACACCCUCCUCCACAAGCCACUGCUCGAACGUCAAAAAAUGUGUCGGUUUUCACAGUUUUCAUCAUCUUUUUAGCUAUCAUUUUAAGUCUCUUCAUAACUGAGGGUGCAGACUCCUUGCAGGCCCAGGAGUGGUGGAUUCUGCUGUGUGUUACUGUGAUUGCACUGGUGCUGGUCCUCAUUAUCAUAAUCAUCUGGAGACAACCACAGAGCACGACCAAAGCUGCCUUCAUGGUGCCUUUUCUACCCGUGCUUCCCAUUCUUAGCACCUUUAUCAACGUCUACCUGAUGGUUCAGCUGGGAUCAGACACGUGGAUCCGCUAUGCAAUUUGGAUGGCAGUAGGUUUGCUCAUCUACUUUUGCUAUGGCGUUCGGCACAGUGUGCAGAAACAGAGGCUCCAAAAUGCACACAGUCGAGUUGAUAUCCUGAGCAUCAGCACCAAUAUAGAGCAAAACACUGAGAACUCAUCAAAGCCGUCUUUGUUGAAGGAGGCGAUGUUUGGAAGGCGCACCUUGCGAGUCAAAACGGCCGUAGCCAAUGAGAGGACAGGCUGGGCUGCCUCUAGCCAAUCAGUGAGCGGUUCGUCACGGGCAGCGCGAUGUUCGAAAAUCAACGUCGCCCGUCAGGAGGGCAGGAGAUUGACUUAA